AUGUUGGGCAAUGCGUUUAGUUUCUUGGCUCCCUCGGAAGCUGCAGUUAAUUCCCGAAUCGAGCGUCCAAUCCUUCUAACACUUGAUCCCAAGGCCACACUUCAGCUCCAGAGAGCAGGUCAAAAGGCACUCGAUGAACAUCAUCGCAUUAAAAUGCCAUUCAUUAUUCUGAGAGUGAAGAAGGUUGUCUUUCUAGAUCUUCCCUCAAGGUCAUUCAUCAUUAUUCAUGCACAAAGACUUCACUUCAGGUUGACCAAACUCUACCAAAUAUUUACUAAUAGCCCUGAAGGCAAGGAAGCACUAUGCCUUGAUUUUAGCAAAUCGACGGAGAAGGGAGAAGGCGAGGCUAACCCUAACAGUCUUCUUGGUGGUUCUGGUUCAAUAAAAUAG